UGGUGGAGGUGGUUGUAGUGGAGGUGGUGGUUGUAGUGGAGGUAGUAGGGACGGUGGUGGAGGCAGUUGUAGUGGUGGUGGUGGUGGCGACUAGCAGCACUUGCCCCUACACCGUUAGAGGCUACACGGCGGGGUGGGCGCGUGACCUCCGCCUUUUGUUCGCGACGCAGCUGAAGUCGUUCGCGGCCAAGCCGGUGGUGGACACGGACUCGCUGCCGCAGCUAAAGAGCGGCGGGCGACGGAGCAAGAUUAUUGCGCCCUACAGGUGUCGCUGUAAAGAACACUGUGAAACGCUGCGUUGUGGCUGCAAACGUGCAGGAGUGGCGUGCUCUCGCCAACGCUGCUGCUGUGACCACCACAUGUGCAGAAACCGCAGCCACGCGUCUGCCCAGGGAGUCAAGGUGGCGUCGGAGAAGCUGGAGUCCUCCUUGUUGGACGACUCCCUCAAGAGGGACGACUCCCUCAAGAGGGACGAGCCCAGCGGAGUCGCCCGCCCUCCGGGGGAGUCGUUCUUCAUGCUGCCCGACGUCGCUCCAUCUCCGCAGGUGCUCAAGGAGUUGGGUGGCACUGGGCUGCUGUCUGCGCUGUCGGACCCCUCUCUGCUCACCAACGCCAGCACCCCCGUUCAAGAGCCACGCGCCAGCGGAGGCAGCACCAGCGGUCGCACCAGCGGAGGUGGUGGUACCAGCGGUGGUGGUGGUGAUGAUGAUGGUGGUGGUGGUGGUGCUGCUUCUGGAGCUGGGUCACUCGGGGCUCAUGGCCGCCUGCUCGCCCGUGCCGCCCAUGUAACGUAGUCGCGGCGACGGCGGCGUCUCACACCUUGUUGUUGUGUGUGUUGUUGUGUGUUGGUGUGUUGUUGUGCUUCCUCCGACGAGCGCGGUUUGGCUUGCUGCGUUACGGCGGUGCGAAAGCCGUUCCACGCGUACACACACCAACAACUACCUACACAACAACAACUACCUACACAACAACAACAACAACUACGCACACACCAACAACUACCUACACAACAACAACUACCUACACACCAACAACUACCUACACACCAACAACUACGUACACACCAACAACUACCUACACAACAACAACUACCUACACAACAACAACAACAACUACGUACACACCAACAACUACCUACACAACAACUACCUACACAACAACAACAACAACUACGUACACAACAACAACUACGUACACAACAACUACGUACACACACCAACAACUACGUACACACCAACAACUACGUCAACAACAACAUCCGCCGUUCACCACUAAGUGGCAGUGACAGCGCUUGUGCCAGGCUAGGUGCACGUUGAGGCCACCACGUGAAGUGUCAAACGCCCCCCGCCGGCAGGAGGUCACGUGGCAGACCCAGCUGGUGCCACGUGUCGACUAAGAUGACUGGCCGAUGCACCACCUGUGCCAGGCUAGGUACAGGAGGUCACGGGGCAGACCCAGCUGGUGCCACGGGUCGACUGACCGAGACGACUGCCCGAUGCACCAGCUGUGCCUCCCACUGUGCCAGGCUAGGUGCACGCAAAAGACAAAAAUCCCCCGUAUAGCCUGAACAGGCUGUCAGGGCAAAUGCUUGCUGCUGCUGCUUAGUUGAGUUGGCUCUGCAAGCGUGCGGUGGUGGCGGUGGCGGUGGCGGUAAACGUCGCACUGUGUGUGUGUGUGGCAAGCCCGUUGUCCGUGAGCUUUUGUCGGAGGGGAAAAAUGUUUAGCUGCCAGAGUGUGUCACGCCGUGUCCGUCUUUCUCGCUGUCUCUCUUGUUGUUUUUCUCGCUCUGUCUUUGUCUGUCUCUCUGUCUGUGUGUGUCUCUGUGUGUGUGUGUCUGUCUCAAUGUGUGUGUGUGUUUGUAUGUCCGUCGACUCGAUGGUUGCGUGGUGAUGAUGGAUGCACUGAGUCGGUUCGGAUGGAUUUAGAGUUCCACGGUUCAGCCACGCGUGACGAAUUAGCAGCAGGCAAGAUUGUCCGGGUGUGUAGUGUGUGUGUGUGGUGUGUGUGUGUGUGUCCAGUGUGUGUGUGUGUGUCCAGUGUGCUGUGUCAUGUGUGUGGUGCGUUGUGUGUGUGUGCAGUGUGCUGUGUGUGUGUGGUGUGUGGUGUGGUGCGGUGUGUGUGGUGCGUUGUGUGUGUGUGUGGUGCGUUGUGUGUGUGUGUGGUGCGUUGUGUGUGUGUCCAGUGUGCUGUGUGUGUGUGUGUCCAGUGUGCUGUGUGUGUGUCCUGUGUGUGUGUGGUGCGUGGUGUGGUGUGUGUGGUGCGUUGUGUGUGUGUGUGGUGUGUUGUGUGGUGCGUUGUGUGUGUGUCUCUUCAAUGAUGUGUAAUGUGUGAGUAUGAAUGUACCUAUUGUCAUUUUAACACAGACGCUUUCGCUACCAAUGUCAUCCGUAAUUGAGGUUGUGUUUUUUUGGGGUGGGGGGGGGUGUGGGGUCUUAGAUCGUGUAAGUAUAUGAAUGUGUCGUUAAACCCGCCACCACCCGACACAGCCACCUAGUGAACGUGAGUGUCGUGUGAAUAGCACGGGGCCGGUUCGUCACGAUCACAGCACACAGCCUAGUGUAGUGUAUAGUGUAGU